AUGCGCAGAGGGAAGAGCGCCGGGGGGAAUUUGAUGCCCCCACAGGAGGUACUGCUAGUGUCUCAUCCCUUGAUAUUACUCUUCUGCACAGAAGGGAUGCGCCAAAAAAUACGAAAUCGGAGAAUGUGGUCGGGUCUUUUUUUUGGUUUGUACCUUUCGGUGUUUCCUUCUCACGCUUGUGUUCUACUUGGUGCCGGAUCAUGCAAAAGACAAUAUCAAAAUUGGAGAAGACAGCCAGUUCCGGGAAUUUCUAUGAAGCCCAGCAGAUGUACAAGUCCGUCGCCGCAAGGUAUCAAUCGUCGAGCAUGACAGCUUUACUUUCUUUCUUCCAAUUUUCCGCGUCCUGAACAAUAUUGCAACUCUCCACCUUAGAGGAAAGGCAGUUCAACGGAAUUUAUGGAUCAAUCUUCGCAUAAUUCACGAGCACGUCGCUCGGAUGUGGGCCUUUUGCUACUAUUGUUUCGGUAGUGGAGAGAAUAUUCUAACUGCGUUAUGCAAAGACGAACUGCGGCGCACCGCCCCAUUUAUACUUGUGCGAGUGUAUCUGCUCUUCUCGAAUGACCAUGAUUUCAUCGUUAGUGUUAGAGGAUUUAGGAACUAGCGCAUCAUUUUUAUCUUGGCUUCAAUUUUUGCUGGAUCUGAAAAUGGGACUUGUUGGUGUUCCAAGGAUCAAGGUGUGCAGUGUUCAGCCAGCUCAAAACACUCUAAGUGUUGUUUUCACUUGUGCCGUUCAUCAGUGUAUGUGGUCCAAAUGAUACAUUCUAUCUGCAACAUGUUCUGUUAACGAAUUCCUACGCUGCUUUUGUCGCUCAUCUUAGUUUUAUGACAUCUAAAACCAUUCAACUUGCAAUUUUUUUUUCGUUCCUUGAAAUUUUCAAUUUUUUCACUAGGAACUAUUUUCUAUUAGCAGUGAAAAAUAUCUAAGAGAGACUAUCCAGGUGAUUCAUAAAUUUUCUUCCAUGGAAUAUUAUUUAUUAUUUGUAAAAUGAGAGUUUUAGUGCAUAUCGAAAAGCCAGUUACAGGCAUGUAAUAAAGGAAAGAACGCUGGUCUUGUGUGCCAAUGAACUAAACUUUGCCUAUCUUGGUGAAACUGUUGACCAAUUCCACUAAGAUGAGGGGAUACAUAACCCUGGCCUACCGUACAUUUUAGAGCCUAGCCCGAGCCUGGCUGUCUGAUUGCUUGGACUUUCAGAUGAAGCUUAAUUUUGUGUAAAUGUUUUUUUUUUCUUAUCUUUUUUUUAUAUUCUUGGAUCUGGGUUUAGUGCUUACAUUCACAUGGAUUAGUUUGUCAAGUGCAUACUUUUUUCUUUUUUUUUUCUUCACAAUGUCAACGAAUGUGAGACUGAUUGCGGCCCACCUUUGUCUAGUUACUCACACGAUGGUUCAUGCAGAAUAAUUGCCGAUUUUUAUUGACUUUAGGUAUGGAGCUGCUCAAAGAUAUAGUGAAUCCUUGGAUAUCCUUCAGUCGGGUGCUUCUAUUCAGUUGAAGAAUGGACAGGUUAUCUUUAAUACGGUUUCUUUUCGGGUCAUACGAUAUUAUCUAUUUUUUUAGUAUUAUUUAAUACGGGCAUGGAAAAACUGCAAGGUUUCCAUUGAAGAUUGGGUGAUUGACACCGUUGCCGAAUGAACGAUACAGCCUGACACCUGUUCUAACCAGGGCCAGAGGUCUUCUGCUCGGGAUAUGGUUUGUGUGUCCUUCGUUUUUUUUUUAUCAGAGCGCCAGCCUAGUAACACGAUGAAGAAGCUAUAACAUUGGAGUAAAUUAUCGUGGAAUUUCUUUGACUUUCUCGGACUUGAUUCUACAAAAAAGGUAGAUUUCAAUGAAAAUUUCCCCAAUGAAAAUCUGAUAAAUCGCUAAAAGGCAAACAAUAAUAAUGAAACCUUCCUAAAUUAUCUCAAUGAGGACAUGCUGGAAGAGGAUAAUAUCAGUAAGGUUAGAAUGUACACUUGCAAUUGAGAAAAAGAAAUGUAAGCCUGCCCUUUCACUAGAAGUCCAUCCUCUUUGUCACUGGAGAUCAGUCCUGGAUAGCAAAUAUGUGCAAGUCGCAAGAUGAACACUAGUCAAGCCUUGGGAUAUUUGCCUAAUUCAACUGGGAGUCCAUUCCUUCCUUCUUCUGAGUUCAUCCUGGUCCUGAAUGGCAGCCCCGAUUAAAGUUCCAGAGGGCAAGUGGCUCUCCACUAGUGUGCGCAGAUGUUCAUUUCGUAUGAUUAUCAUCGAAAUGACUAGGGACAAUCUUUUGUCAGUGUUUUGCAGAUGAAUUGGUAUACAGGAAAAUGGUGCAUCUUGGGAAUUCCGGAAAAUUCUGUAGCUUGUUCAAACAUAAUGAUAGAUAUUUUGAGCUUAGAACGGUUGGGAGAAUCUUCCAAUUAAAUUUAUGUCGGGCAAUACUUUAAUUGGCCGUUAUUUACUCUCUUCUUUCAGUUUCCAUGUUCUUUCGUUUGCCCCACAUUUGCAGUCAUUUAAAUUGACAUAUUGAAAUCAUUACUCUCCUCUGUUGAUUGCAACAGAUCAUAUGUGGUGCUGAACUUGCGGUGCUGCUUGUGGAGACACUAGUGAAGGGAAAAUUUCCAGUCAAUGAAGAAACUCUUGGUGAGUCCCUGGCCAAUCAAAGACUUGGUUCUCAUUAUGCAUUUAUAUAAAGGCUGUCCCAUGAAUCGGAUCUUCUAGAAAAUUUUACAUUUUACUUGGUAGAAGUAAGCUUUAUUACUAAAGAAACCGACUAUCAGGAGAAUAGGAAGCUUGUAUGUUAAAUGACCGAAUGUAAAUUUUCAAACAUCCUGUGGCAUUUUCUUUUCAAUUACAAUAUAUCUCAAUUAAGCAGAAUUUCAACGGGCCCUUGAACUAUGCAUGCCUUGUGAGGAGGGAAGAGUUAAUUGAAUGCCUGAUAUUAAUUUUGUGUCUGAAACUAACGAAGAGUAGGGACUGAAUCACUUCCUUUUAUCUGAUCUUGGGCCACCUCACUUCAAUUUCCCUUUUAAAGUCACGUAACAAAAAUAUAGUGAUAUGAAUGUGAGAACAUGAAGAUAAAUGUUUUGCCAUCUGUCCAACACUUAUGAUGGUGGUAUCAGCGUAAAUUAUUACAACAAAGAGUCUUCUUUCUGGUAACUGGGCUCAUUAGACUUUUGAAGGACUACCCUCUCAUAAUAAGGGGUCUUCCUGGCCUAGUGGCAUCACCCUUUCGACGAUGAUAUCAUGCAGAAUUUGGAUAAGUUCGCUAGAAUUAGGAUUCAUCAUUGGAUCUAGCCGUCUCAAAUCAAUGGGAUAAAAUUUAUGAUUUUCGUACCCGUAUAGCUUUACUGGUGUCUUUUCUUUCUCCACUUUGAAAUUUUCUAUCCCAUGUAAGCUUUAUUGAAUUUUAUGGAGCCUGCCUACCUAUUACCCUGACUCAGAUUUAGCGCAUAGAUUGACCUUUGUGAUAAGGUCAACUUGGGAAUUUCAGGGGAGGCAAUAAAGCCCCACCCAGGGAUUAUGUGCUACGUUAUGGGACAUGCUAGAAUUUCUUUUGUUAUGCGCAUUUUUCACUCAAGUUUAUUUCGAUAUUCUGCCACAUUCAGGUGUCCCCUAAUUUUUGUGCUAUUUAAGGUUUUUUUUUUGGGGCAGUUAUUGGUGUGGUGUACCUUGGAAUUUUCUUGGGUUGGUAAUAGAAUCCUUUCGUAAUGUGCGUACAUAGCUCUCAUGUUAAGAUGAACCACUAUAAGAUCUGUGUGCACUGUUUUUCCACUGCUGGUUCAUUCCCAUUGCUCUCAACUUGUAGGAAUCUGGGUCUCUAAUUCUCAAAGGGCUAAGCUCAAUGUCACAUACGAUAUUCGGAUGAUUACUUCAGGUUUAAUAUGCAAAACCCCCCAUGGUGAUCAGGGAUAAUUGGAAUCCAUUCGUGUCUAUUGCUGUAGACCUAAGUAUAGUGUUGUAGUGUAAGAAAAAAAUACAUUGAUUCAUGCAUUAAUAGGUAUAUUGGUGUUUGGUUUACAUUCUACUACUCUUUAAUUAUAUAAAUUUCGUUUUAAUGGAGACAGUAAUUUCUAAUUGCUUUCAGGAAAUUGACACGACAAUUCAAUUCAAAUAUUGUAUCUUAUUAAGUCAGGAUAUCAAAAUGUAUGCGUUGCUAUUGCUCUACUUACAGUGGUCAGAAAGGAAAUAUUUUGAUUCGCAUUGAUUUUAGUUAGAUACAUUAUUUUCUGAGUUCAUUCACUUUUGAAAAUUUCUACAGCUAUUCCUAGCUGCUAUUGACAAUUAGUUUAUUAUAAUGACUAAAUAUGUAGAUCGUAUCAGGAAGAUCUACAAGGAUUUUCCUCAAAUAUCUGUGCCACAAGAUCUGGGAGAUGAUGAUGAUAUGGAAAGGCUCUCAGAAGCAUUGGUGUCUGCGAAAGCACGAGUUGAGAGCUGUUCUUCCUUCUUGAAGGCUGCACUCAAGUCAGUCUGUAUUGCCCUUCUCCGCUUUAUUUUGAAAGUACCAUUCAAGUUUCAAGUUUAUGCUACUCUUUGUCUUUAAGAGUAAAAUUCUGUGGUGCUUUGCUUCUUUGACAUCCUGAUUUGCCAAAUUCCUGAUUAGUUCAUGCAUCCAUUGUUUCAAAAUUUUACCCUGGUCUUCCUAAGCAUGAUCACUAAGACCAAGUAAUCAAGCUUCUUCCUGUGGAAAUGCUUUUAAUUGAAGUGGAAGAUAGUUGGAGUUGCGAUCAAUUACAAGAGAAAGUUUUCUGGAUGUUAGUGAUGAAUUCAGACCUUUGGAAGGAGAAAAAUGACAAUGCGUAGAAACAUCAGGUGUUGGUUUUUGUCCGGGACUAUAGGAAUCCUGCGUUUAAACGGGGUUGCUUCAUUUCCACAAGUAUCCACUGAUUUUCAAACCAAACUGCGCGUAAACCUUGAAGUUAGUUUCAUGUCUAAUUUGGCAUCUUAUCGACAGUAGUUAUUUUCUUAUAGAGGCAUUCAGGAUCAAUUUUCCUUGGGGACUUUUUUUUGCUUGGAUUAAGAUAUGUCUCUGUGGCUGGGGCUAAAUUUCAUUCAAUGAUUUGUGGGAGAGUGAGUCUCCAUCUGAAAUAUGUUGUUUGGAGCUGUGGCAACAUUUAGACAGAGAUUUCGUCGGUUGAUAUUACAGAAAAGUAUCCUACUUAGGAACCAUUUCCGCAACACACUAUUCGGGGCCCAUUAUACUUAAUGGGAGACAAUUCUGUAUGGGGAGCCCCAGUUAGGUUCCAUUUUAUUUUCAAACCCCUAUCACUGAUAUCAUAUUCGGACUGGAAUAAAAUUUGAACUAUGUUGAUAAGUUAGAAGUGCCACUAAGACGGAGAAUGCUUUAUCUUCGGUAAGCAGUCUUAACCAUAUGAUGUACUGAAAAAUCGUAUCUUUACCUCUAUAAGUUCCUGCUGUGCACUGUUGUAUCAUAAUCAUACCUCCCUAUUUCAUCUUAUCCUCUAGUUACAAAUACAAAUCAUAAGUUUAUCCAUAUGAUUUCUCAUUGUAUGCUCUAUUUCAUGAAUGAAAGAUUAAAUCUCUAGAUAUUUUUUAUGAUGGGGAUUCGUCCAAUGCUGUCCGUAGGUGUUGGAUAUCCUGUCAUCUCGGAAACUCAGGCCGCCUCCAGGAAAAUGGAAAAUGUUGCUUGUGGUUUUUAUCAUUCAUUUUUGUAUGUUAGGGACAUCAGCAAUGAAGUAGUGGAUAGAUUUCAAGAGAAAUGAAUUAUUAAACAAUUGAAAUGAACACAUUUUCCGAAUUUGUUAAUUUUUUUUAUCAGGCCAUAAUUGCCUUUUUCAGCUGUUGCAUGAAGCAGAAUAUUAUUUUUCGUAAUCUAAAUCAGUGGGCGAGAAUUGAGCCGUGAUGAAAUGUUAUUUUUAGCUGUUGCGUUAAAAUUUGUACAAAAACGUUUCUCGGGGAGUAACUGGCUUUUUCAGCUGUUGCGUGAACUGGAAUAUUAUUUUUCAUGAAAUAAAUCAGCAAGAGAGGAUUGAGCCGUGAUGAAAUGCUAUUUUCAGAAAACAAAUUUAGCCACGAUGUAAUUGUUUCCCAAAAAAGAUGUUAGCUCUUUAUUUAAAUGGAAGGAGUCUCACCUGCAUUUUUUAGUGCCUUCUAAUUAAAUAAAACUAAUAGAGAAACUUUUAACGCAAGAGAACUUAAUUUGAAAUUCGACAAAUCAUUAACAACAUCUUUCUGUGUGGACUAAAUGCCACCGGACGUCAUUAAAAAGAAUGUUGUACUGCCUUACCCAAAACUGUGGUUCAUCAUUUUAGAAUGAUUGGUUACUUUUGCAUAUUUUUUGUAAGAAAGAAUUUACUUUGGAAUUUGAAAUUUUAACAUUGAAAGCUUUUCAAUACUAAUUGUCAUUACACACACGCACACAUCUCUGACGAGGAAACUUUAGAAUUGGUGAAGAGAAAGUGGAUGAAAAAAUCAAGGGAAACUAAUGGGGAAAAGUUCAUGAGAAGAAGCAUCAUCCAUCUCCAAGAAGAGUGUUGAACUAUCUGAAAAGAAAACAACGUGCAAUUGAGAUCUCAUGACUCUGCGUCCUCACAGUAAUACAAACUUUUCAAUUUUCUUUGCUCGUGAUACCCGGAUGAGCCUUUUUUACAUAAUAUCUGUCACUCUUGAAAUGCAUAAGAUUGAUGACCUCAGCAUAAUUUUGUUCAACUCUCGUAACAAAAAAAAGUGCGGGACAACCUGGGAUAUCAGUUAUGAUAUAGGUUCAAAUAUAUUUUCCUGUAAUCUUCUCAUGUGCUGAACUUGAUUGGACAGCUUAAUGAAUGCUCUCCGCAUAUCUGUCGGAGACCUGCAUAUUCACUCUGUCCACGAUGUUUUCAGAAUGUACUGUGAUGCUAAUUUCAAACUUUUAACCUAGGUGGUCAGCAGAGAACGGGAUGCACAAGCGUGGCUCUCCUGAAUUGCAUUCUAUGUUGGCUGAAUAUAUUUUUUCACAGUCUCCUGAGUUGGUAUGUUGAAUUUGACCACUUUUUAUUAGUAAUGAAUUUUCUUGUGGUAAAUUGACACUCAAUUUUUGUUCAGUUCUUUUCUUUUAAUGGAGCGAUUCCCCUUGCCUGUCAAAAUGGGAUUUUUUUCUUUGAGCUAUUUAGGGAUUUUAUCACAUCCUUUGCAUGCAUUAUUAGAAUGGGUUGAUUAUUAUAUUUGAUUUUAGAUUUGUGACGGCGAUUAUGUCUUUGGGGUGGAAAUUCGGUGGUUUCUUUGUUGAAUACUCUGGCUUCGGCUGUUGUAAUACUUUUUCAUUCUUUAUACUUUCGAGGAUGACAUAAAAACCUUGUGUUCUUUCUCUUCCAGGACUGUUAUCUAAAAAUGAAUGCUCUGCCUAUCUGCAAACCUUUAUUCUUUUGCUUCCCUUUUUACCUAUUUUACCCUGUUUUGACAUAAUGAACUGCAAUGUGGACGCCUAUAUGCAGGAUAUGGCGAAGGUUUCACUUCAUUUUAUUCGAGGGAACAAUCCAGAGAAGUUUGCUUCUGCAUUAGUUAAUUUUAUGGGCAAGGUUUGACACGGUGUAUUUCAUUUGUCAGUUAUUUAUUCUAUGAGGUUUUUGAGGAAUAUGCGUUUCAAAACUUUGAAUUUAUUAGUCAAGGAUGUCUCCUAAUCCAAAUACAAGUUUCUUUUUUGCAACUUCUUAUUCAGGUCAGGGCGUAAUGUAGUGAUGCUGGUUCUUUUGUCUAAUGCUGUUAACCUUGUGGAAAAACUGAAACUUAAACCAUUUUCGUAGUUUCAUUUUAUGAAUCAUUCCUUUUAUUUGUAUGCCAUCUAACUUUCCAUGACCAAUGUAAAGGUAUACCAUUCCUUUUAUCUUGCGUUGGAUUUAUUGAUUUCUGUUUCCCAUGAUGUUAGACUGUAUUAUUACAUCUCUGUAAAAUAUGCAGACCUUUCCUGGGCAUGCUUUAUCUAAGCGUUCCAUAUAGUUUCUCCGAUUCUCUGAUGUUCAUUCUUAAGUUGCUCUGCUUCUGAGAUUGUUGUUUAUCAAAAUUAAUGCAUACACGAUGUUUAAAGAUUCUGACAGAGAUCUUAUGUCCAAUCAGUGCUAUCCUGGGGAAGAUGAUUUAGCUAUUGCAAGGGCGGUCCUGAUGUAAGAUUUCCUUGGCGUUAAACAGUUUUUCUUUUAUAUUCUCGAUUCCUUAUUUUGAUGGGUGAUAUAAAGGCAUGUUAAUGCAUUUCUGUGGCGCUUGCCCUCAUGGUACUCGAAUUAGACACCCACAUGAAAUUGGUGAAAUUCCUUUGAAGGCCAAGCUUUUUUGAACUUCAUAGUUCAUCUGGUGGCAGGUACCUUUCCCAAGGCAGUCUAAGGGAUGCUAACAAGCUUAUGGAUGAACUGAGAAAGCAAUUGCAAUACCGUCAACUUGACUUCCUACAUUCGGAUUUGAUGCAGUUCAUUGUGUAUCUUCUGCAGACGUAAGUUUCAUGGGUCAUAUCUUUAUGAAUGGAUGUGAAGCAUACUGUUUAUCAGUUAAUUCUUGAAGUGAUGCCAUAUCAUUAGAUUGAGGACGAGAACUAUUUUUUAUUUAUUGGUUUUGUCUCGAAUAAGGGUCAGUAAUGAGAUAUCUUUUUCUCUUUCUCUCUCUCUCUCUCUCUCUAUAUAUAUAUAUAUAUCUGUGUGUGUGUGUGUGUGUAUACAUUAAGUAUACAUCUAUACCGAUAAUCUUCAGUGUGCAUGCCAUUCGCAGGCUAAGACAAUAAUAGAGCUAAAUGCUGCCCGAUAUAAUGUGUGGAAUCCAAUGGCCCAAACGAGUGAACCCAAUCUGUACUAAAGAUUUUUUUCGGUCUGAAUUUUGUUAACCUCUCUAUUUUUUGUUCUGUUUUAUGGUAAAAUUGUGUUGGAUAUGCUUAUUGGCGUUCUUACAUCGGGAUUAUACAACUGUAGCCAUUAUGUGUCUUAUGAAUUCAACGCAAAUUAACUUCUAGUCGAAAAAAAGUUAUCUGCUUAGGUUAUAAGGUACCUUAUCUAGAGUAUCUCUUAAAAUAGUUUGACUGGUAAUCUGCCUAUGAUUCUGACUCUUGUGGGAAUUGAGUUUAUCUCCAUCCACACUAAUUGAGCUUCCAUAAGAGGCUUCAUUUAGUGCAACCAUUUUUUUCCCUUGCUCAAUCUCUUGCUGGCUUAUACACUGGAAUUUCUUUAUGUCCCUUCUUGAGUUCAGAGAACACAAGUUACCGUAGCAAUUUGAUGUGGACAUGGUGAGUUUGUACCUACAUGAGGCUGCGCUUACAAGCCAACUGUAACUGAAGGAUCAGUUGAGAUAGGAGUGCAAAUAGUGAUCAGGAUCAUAAUUUCUAAAUUGGCCAGGGAAGCUUCCUAAGGUAUGAUGAGAUCAUAGCGGAGAUAGGGGUGGAGAAGGCCGAGGAGAGUAUAGUUGCUGAAAACAUGGAUUCUCAUUGCACAUGUAGAUGCCCUAUUUUGAGGUAAGAAGUGGGAAUGCCCUUGAGGUGGAAAAGAGGAAGGUUAGCCCAGUCACUAGAGCCUUGGAAAACUCGUCUUAUGGAACAGUUGUCUUGCAUGGGGGAAGAAAUUGGAGUGUUCCUGCGUUGUAGGGGAUGAAGGCAGGCUGCCAUUUGUCAUUGUAGUUGAAUCCAGGUACAGGUGGAGAUUGAGAUUGUUGGAUAGAGUUGAGAAAAUGAGGGUUGUUACUCUUAGCUUGGUAUGAUAUCACCGUGAUACCUAACUGGUAGAACAGACAAGUUGGCGACUACCAAAACUUGUUUAGUUUGUAGAAAAGAGAGGCCUUUGACUGUUCCUGCUGCCAUGGUCGACGUUUUUUUAGGAAAUCAUUUUCAGCUGCUGUUGAUGGUGGUGGUGUCUCCCAUUCUACUGCCCAAUUGUGGCUUUCCUAGUCUUGAUACCUUAGAAUUCCUAGUCAGGGUGGACUCCUCUUCCCAUCGAUGACAGAUGUUCUAACAGAUAUGUUCUGAUUUAGCAAUUUCAGUGCAUUCAUUUCUGAAAAUGAUGCUGAAUGUUAAUAAAAUCAUUAGAUGAUAAUUAAAAAAGAACAUUUACAAUAUUCUGUGACUUCAGAUUUAAGGAAAAAUAUUUGAAGAUUUAAGAUUGAACUAAUUACAUGUAUUUUAUCACUUUGAAUUAUGGAACUUUUUACUGUAAUAGCAUUGCAGAGCUAUGGUAGCCUAAUACAUUGUUUGAAAAUUUUGUAGCAUCACCGACUCUUUAUUUUCUCGGUUCUUUCAAGUCUUAUCUAGAUACUUAUGUAACGUAGUUUUUUAUUAUUUAAAAUAGUUUUAUAAACAUAUUUAUACAAUUCUUGUACAAAGCAUAUUCGUAACAGAUUGUUUAUAUAGUUAGCAUGCAAUUGGGAAACUGUCCUUCAGUCAUAAGUCAAAUCUUUUGCAUUGUGAAAACUUUCUUGGGGUUUUCCCUUCAUUUUUUAGGUAAUUAUUUGGAAAAAUGUUCAGAAUUGAGAGUUAAAGCAUCUGAUUUAAGAAUUAAGGCAUCAGUGUUAUCAAACGUACUCAAAACAAAUAGUGAAUCGUUUUAGCGACCUUGGUAAAAGGACAUAAGAAAAUUUCGAAUGUGAAGAUUAGAAAUAAUUUCAUUUUGGACUGAUGCUUCAUCAUCUUUGAUAGGAAAUUCCAGAUGCACUUCCUAUUUUCUCAGCAUGUUACGUUUGAACUCCUUGAGUUUGUAAUAAGUGUUUGAUUGUUCAAAGAUGUAUGCAUUAGUAUGAAAUUUGUUGUGAAUGUCAACAUGAAAAUGACAACUCAUGAUGGUUUCUAGCAAACAACUAUACACAGGAGGCUUUAUUGAAAUAACUAUUUUAUGCAGGUUAGAAAGGGAUGCACUGCCGCUCUUUAGGAUUUUAAGAGAAAAAUACAAGUCAAGUAUCGAUCGAGAGUCCUCGUUUGAUGAGGUACUGUUUCCUUUCUACUCCCCUGUCAAGCACGCCAGGGAUAGAUUUUGAAACUCUAGUUGAUGAGUGCAUUCUUCUUUUCUAAUAAUUGCCCUGACUUGAAAACAGGUUCAAGGGUAAUAUUAUUGCUUUCUCAUGUUCUGUUUUUAUAAAAAAAAACAGAAUUUAUUAAAUAAGUGCCUGUACAGGGCACCGGUAAUCAUUACUAUCUAUAUGAACCCGUGAAAAAGCAUCCAUAAGGCUGUCAUGCUAUUCAAAGUUUAGAGGAGUCCUUUUGGGUUUUACCACAAAUAUUUUCAAAUUUGUGAUUGCUCGAUGACUCAUUUAAAUCUGUUCUACCCUAGCAAUGUCUAUGUGGAAAAUCCCCUUAUCUUCUCCAAGAAUCCUGUGCCAAUGGACCUUGGAGAAUUGUAACUUGCAUGUAUUAUAUCGCUGUCAGAUGUAGCUACGAAGUGCAUGGGUUUAUUGAGAUAGAAUAUGCUUUAAUUUACUAGGACGGUGGAACUGUUUGGAUAUCGCUCACAGAUGGAUGCUACAAUGGUGUAGAAACAUACGAUAUGCAGAAUGGCACAGCUGCCUGACGCUAUACGCACCAAGCCUUCUGUGUUUAGCUGUGAGUUGGCUCUAUUAUUUGGCUGACGAUCAGAUGUUCAUAUGAUGUGCUUCUGAUCUGGAAUCUAGGGUUAGCUCACUUUUCUGGGAUUCAACAUGAGUGAGUUAUGUCAUGACCCGGUGAGUCAAAAUCAGUUUCCCUGUACAACAAGAAGACGGAUGUGAUGAAGACAAAUGCAGUUAUCAAGUUUGUGACUGCAGACUAUCAAAAGUGUGGAAUUAUAUUUAGGUAACCCUCAAAAAUAAAAAAUUAUGUUUCCAAACAUAUCAGAGCUCCUGGCUUACCUAAAAUCGUUUUAGUUCACCAAGAAUCCAUUCCAUAUUUCGACAAAAGUUUUAAAUUAUCUUGUUUAAAUAUCUAUCGUUGACACUGGACUCAAGGAAAAAAUUCAGUCGUAUGCAAAGAAAAUGUUAUUAUUAGAAGUAAUGGCUUUAGUCACUGUUUCUUUUGCAGUUACUGGAUGAAAUUGGGGAACGCUUUUAUGGUGUUAGGCGCAUGGGAGGUCUUCAAGGGAUGUUUGGCGAUAUUUUUAAGGUGAAUAAAGCCCUUCCUAAUUAUUUAUUUCUGGCUUCGAUUGUUUAUUUCUUUGACAGUUUUGCUUUAUUGGGCAUAAGCAAUGCAUGGUUUCCACAUAGUUUUGCCGUAUAUUCGCUCUGUUCUAACAAGCAUUAUCCAUUAUUUUAAUCUAAACAUGUGUAAAAAACGGUGGUAACCAAUCAAAUCGCAACACGUGCCUAAGACAUGGGAUCUCAGUAUUUAUUAUUCAUUUGUUAGUCAUAUGAUUGAAGGGCACAUUACUAGAGUAAGUCAUAGUAAUAUUACCCCUUUGAGCAAUGUUAUCCUGGCCAGUUGCGCUGCGGUUUAGGUCCAUCCAAGCUAUAUUCUACUAGUGGGAGUUAUCGGAUUACAUGUCUGUCUGGAACAAUGGGGCCAUGAACAGAUACUUUCUUUAUCGUCUGGAAGCUUCAGCCUGUGAUCAUCCGAUAGCAAUCUAAAAAUUUGCAUCUUGCUAUUGUGAUUUUGUGGGCGGCUUAUCGAAUCCAAACUUUUCUGCUGUGCAGAUGAUGGGGGGUGAAGCCAUGAGAUGA